AUGGAACGUAAAAAAAAAUCCGGGUGCAACUCAUCAAGAGGUGAAACUGAUGUACCCUCCUCCUCUACCUCUUCUGAAUCAAAUCCUAUAACCGGUACUAUUGUACCAGGAAACUCCUCCACUACCAAUGGCGACGCCGACGAACAACCGAUACGAAAACUUCGGAAAUUAGACAUAAAUCCUGCAAAUUUUGAACGACCAGAACAAUCUGAGUCCACAAAUCAAAUAUGUAAGCGUAUUUUGUCUGAUCCGGUGACUUGGGUAUCAGUUACUGAUCCAACUAUGCGACAGUUAAUUCUGGAAAAGGGCGUCGAACAAAUCACAGACUAUGAUUUUCCAGUAGAAAAUGGGAGACGUUUUAACCCCAAUUAUUAUACUCGCACGCUAAAUAACGGUGAAAAAACAACCAGACCCUGGUUAAUUUAUUCGAAAGAUACAAAUAAAAUAUAUUGCUUGUGUUGUCUAUUAUUUUCCAAGAUGAUUUUAACCCAAUGGCCAACUAUGGGCUCGUGCAAUUGGAAACAUUUGUCGCGGGAUUUAGUUGCUCACGAGAAGUCAGCCAGACAUAUUACUGCUUUCAAAGAUUGGAAGGAGUUUGACCAUCGUUUAAAAGUAGGGACAGCCAUUGAUGCGCAUCAUCAACGUAUCAUAAACCAAGAGGCUGCGCACUGGCAAAACGUUUUGCAUCGAAUCGCAAGCAUUAUACAGUACCUAGCCGGACAAUCCCUUGCCCUGCGAGGUAGCUCAGAUCGUUCGUACGAUCGAGACAAUGGUAAUUUUCUGAAACUCAUUGAAUUAUUCUCCAAGUUUGAUCCAGUCAUGGCUAAUCAUCUCGCACGCAUUCGCAAUGAGGAAUCCCGAUACCAUUACUUAAGUAAUACUAUCCAAAACGAAAUAAUUUUAUUAAUUUCGUCAAAGAUACGAGAAAUCUUGAUUAAAAAAAUUCAGUGCGCAAAGUAUUACUCGAUCAUAUUACACUGUACCCCUGAUAAAAGUCAUAUUGAGCAAAUAUCUAUUAUCGUACGAAUUGUGGAAUAUGACGAUGAAGUGAAGAAAUUUGAAAUCCGGGAGCAUUUUUUGGGAUUCAUUCUUGUCACUGAUACCACAGGCAAAGGUUUAACUGAGCGCAUAAUUAGCGAGUUAGAAUCUUUGAGCAUUCCGAUUUCAGAUAUGCGUGGUCAAGGAUAUGAUAACGGGGCAAAUAUGAGGGGAAAACACUCGGGUGUUCAACGCAGAAUUUUGGAUAUAAAUCCCCGCGCGUUUUUCGUACAGUGUUCGGCUCAUACAUUAAACCUCGUGGUUUGUGAUGCUGCUUCUGCCACUGAAGAAAUCACCGGCUUUUUUAAUGUUAUUCAGAAGGUUUAUGUUUUCUUCUCCAGCUCGCCUGGUCGAUGGGAUGUAUUAAAAAACCAUACCUCAUCACUUACUUUGAAGGCUGUUAGUGAUACCCGUUGGGAAAGCAGGAUUGACGCAAUAAAACCAUUACGUAAUAAUGUUGCGGAAAUUUAUGAUGCGCUUCUGGAAAUAUCUAUGGAUACAGAUAGAGCUGUUCAAGUGCAACACGAAGCUAAGUGCUUAGCCCAAUCUUUACAAAAUUUCAAAUUCAUAUGCAGUUUGAUCAUCUGGUAUAAUGUUCUUGAUAAAAUAAACACUGCUUCAAAAAUGAUGCAGGAUCCUUCAUUGAACAUUUUUGAUUGCUGCCAGAUGCUUCAGAAAACUAUUGAGACUUUCAAACAAUAUCGAACUGAGGAAAGCUUCUCUGUAGUACUGCAGGAAGCAACGAAACUGGCAGCUGAUUUAGAAAUUGAACCUCUAUUUCCGGCAGAAAAUACAGUGCGAGUUCGACGUAAAAAACGUCUAUUUGAUUAUGAAACUACAGAUGAACCAAUUACAGAUCCAAAACAGAAAUUCAAGACGGAAUUUUUUUUCCAUAUACUCGAUACUACAGUAACUUCAAUGCAGGAAAGAUUUCAGCCUUUAGAAGCGCAUGGCAACAAAUUCAUAUUUAUCUACAACAUCCACGAGUUGAAGUCCCUCUCUAAAGAUCAAGGAGAAAACAUGGAUGUGGAUGGAAUCGAUCUUUGCGAUGAACUGAUUAACUUGGCUGCUAUCUUGCCUUCGAAACUGACACCCAUUGGAGUUUUAAACUUUAUAGCAAGAACCGAAUUGCAAACGAUUUUUCCAAAUGUCAUCGUAGCAUUGCGAAUAUGGCUAACCCUACCCGUUAGCGUGGCAUCCGGGGAGCGCACUUUUUCUAAAUUGAAGCUGAGGCCCCUAGCGAGACUUAUUGUUGUUAAUAUGAAACUGCUGACAGUGCAGGACAAAAAACCCAUGAAAUAUAUUUUUCAAGACGGAAAGGGGAGUUCGCAAUGA